CUCAUGGGGAGGAGGCUUCGUACCACCGUGCCUAUAUUUCCUGCACUACUAGAUCCUGCUCUUCCUAAUGGAGCCGCGGUAAUGCUGAAGGAAAGUGAGAGGAAGAAGAAGGAUGCGCAAAGCUACAAUCUGCGACAUCGUGCACAGAAUCUCGGCAGACUCACUCCCGGGCAGGAUGUGUGGAUCACAGACCAAAGAGCGGCUGGAGCUGUCAUUGGAAGCUACACUACACCGCGCUCAUACUGUACCUGGUGGAGGGUCCCCACGGGAUCAUCCGGUGAAACCGUCACCAUCUCAUUGCUAUGCAGCUCUCACCAGAGCAGUGGUGGAGCAGCUGAGCAUAUCCUGGGAGGCGUUCUAGAAUGACCUUCAACAGAACAUCCUGCAGCAGCACUGCCACAGCGGAACGUUUUGGAACCACCAUCUACUCCUACUCUCAGAACCAGGUAAACAAUUGUGGGGGAAACAGCUUUCAAAGAGAAAAAUACCUUUCAUACAAGACAGAAGACGCUCUCAACAGGCAACAGCUGUUAGUUAUCAUGGCCCAAAGGACGGUUGAUGUUAAGCCACAACCCGGUGACCUAAUUGAGAUUUUUCGUGUGGGAUACAAGCACUGGGCCAUAUACAUUGGAGAUGGCUACGUCAUCCACCUCGCCCCACCAAGUGAGGAAGCGUGUGGUGGCUCCUACAGCAUGAUGUCUGCUUUGCAUGACAAGGCCAUAGUGAAGAUGGACAGUCUGUUGGAUGUGGUGGGGACCAGUAAGUUCAAGAUCAACAACCUUCUGGAUGAUAAAUAUGAGCCCAGGAGUGUCAGCGACAUACUGAGUGAUGCUCGGAGUCUGGUGGGUCAGGAGCUGCAGUACCAUGUCACCCGAUACAACUGUGAGCAUUUUGUGACAGAGCUGAGGUACGGCAAGCCGGAGUCCCGACAGGCACGUACAGCCAUGUUGGUGGUUGCAGGAGUGGGAGCUGCUGUGAUCGGUUUGGGUCUGCUGGCUGGAACUUCUGUCUUGUUAGAGCAGAAGAACAACAAGGAAGAUGAAGCCCGUAAAGGUGGAGGGUCAGCUUAAGCACAGACCUGCACAAACAAAGUGUGCCCCCACCCAGCCUGAAUGACAUCAUGCUUCCUUACUGCUAACUGCUGAAGUAUUUACUGGGAAAUCUGUAAAUGUGGGUCACUCUCAAAACCUUCUCAGAUUUUCAUAUUCAUAUUAAUUGUAAUGUAAGAAGAGAUCUGCAUUCUGAUCAUUUGGUAUAAUGAUGUCAAUGAUUUUGAGUGGAAAUUAAAACCCUGAUAAUUGACUUUGUGUGGCCUGACUAAUCUUUUGCAUCCUCUGGGUGUCU